UGCACCUGGUGCCCAUCCGAGGUCUGGUGGAUGAUGAGAAGCUUUGGAUAGAAACUUUGGAUAGAAAAGUGCUCCUGCGGGAAGAAGUGUCCUGGCUCCAGGAGGAAGUGCACCUUCUCCGGCAGAUGAAGGAGAUGCUGGCCAAGGACCUGGAGGAGUCACAGGGCGGCAAGGCCUCCGAGGUCCUCUCAGCCACUGAGCUCAGGGUGCAGCUGGCACAGAAGGAGCAGGAGCUGUCCAGAGCCAGAGAGGCCUUGCAGGCCAUGAAGGCCGACCGGAAACGCUUGAAGGGCGAGAAGACGGACCUGGUGAGCCAGAUGCAGCAGCUGUACGCCACGCUGGAGAGCCGCGAGGACCAGCUGCGAGACUUUAUCCGAAACUACGAGCAGCACCGCAAGGAGAGCGAGGAUGCGGUCAAGGCCCUGGCCAAGGAGAAGGACCUGCUGGAGCGGGAGAAAUGGGAGCUGCGGCGCCAGGCCAAGGAGGCCACGGACCACGCGGCGGCCCUGCGCUCCCAGCUGGACCUCAAGGACAACCGCAUGAAGGAGCUGGAGGCCGAGCUGGCCAUGGCCAAGCAGUCCUUAGUCACGCUGACCAAGGACGUCCCCAAGCGGCAUUCUCUUGCUAUGCCGGGCGAGACGGUGCUCAACGGCAACCAGGAGUGGGUGGUACAGGCAGACCUCCCGCUGACCGCAGCCAUCCGGCAGAGUCAGCAGACGCUCUACCACGCGCACCCUCCCCACCCUGCGGACCGGCAAGCAGUCAGGGUGAGCCCCUGCCACUCCCGGCAGCCCUCGGUCAUCUCCGACGCAUCUGUGGCUGAAGGCGACCGGUCAUCCACACCGAGCGACAUCAACUCCCCACGACACCGGACGCACUCCCUCUGCAACGGCGACAGUCCCGGCCCAGUUCAGAAGAACCUGCACAACCCUAUUGUACAGUCACUAGAGGAUCUUGAAGACCAGAAACGGAAAAAGAAGAAGGAGAAGAUGGGCUUCGGCUCCAUCUCCCGCGUCUUCGCCAGGGGAAAGCAGCGGAAGUCCCUCGACCCCGGCCUCUUUGAUGACUCGGACAGCCAGUGCAGCCCCACGCGGCACAGCCUCGGCCUGUCGGAGGGCGAGGAGCAACUGGACCGGCUGCAGCACGUAGAGCUGGUCAGGACCACGCCCAUGGCCCACUGGAAGGCCGGCACCGUCCAGGCCUGGCUGGAGGUGGUCAUGGCCAUGCCCAUGUACGUCAAGGCCUGUGCGGAGAACAUCAAAAGCGGGAAGGUCUUGCUGAGUCUGAGUGACGAGGACCUGGAGCUGGGCCUGGGCGUGUGCAGCUCCCUGCACCGGCGCAAGCUCCGCCUGGCCAUCGAGGACUACCGGGACGCCGAGGCGGGCAGGAGCCUGUCCAACGCUGCCGAGCUGGACCAUCACUGGGUGGCUGAGGCCUGGCUCAACGACCUCGGCCUGUCGCAGUACUCGCGGGCCUUCCACGACCACCUGGUGGACGGCCGGAUGCUGAGCUCUCUGAUGAGGCGGGACCUGGAGAAGCACCUCAACGUGUCCAAAAAGUUGCACCAGGCCAGCAUCCUGCUGGGCGUCGAGCUGCUCUCCCGAGUCAACUUCAGCAGGGAGGUCCUCCAGGAGCGCCGGGCCCGCUGCGAGACACAGAACACAGACCCUGUGGUGUGGACCAACCAGCGGGUGCUCAAGUGGGUGCGCGACAUCGACCUGAAGGAGUACGCGGACAACCUGACCAACAGCGGUGUGCACGGCGCGGUGCUGGUGCUGGAGCCCGCGUUCGACGCCGAGGCCAUGGCGACCGCCCUGGGCAUCCCCAGCGGGAAGCACAUCCUGCGCAGGCACCUGGCGGACGAGAUGAGCGCCCUGUUCCACCCGGCCAGCUCCACAGGCACCCGGGAGGCUGAGCGCUUUGGGACCCCUCCCCGCAGGGCCUCCAGUGUCACCCGGGCAGGGAAGGAGGACAGCGGUGGCCUCAAGUACAAGGCUGGCCGGCUGCCGCUGGGGAAGAUAGGACGGGGUUUCGGCGGCAAAGACCUCGAUUUCCACGACGACUAUGGCUCACUUCAGGACGAGGACCGCGCAGACCACGACCCCCAGGGCAGGCUGGAGCGGGGCCGCCUGGGAGGCUGCAAUGGCCUGGAGGUCACCGACGUGUGAGGGACCCGACUUGGAGAGGCCGAGGAACGGGCCAGUGGCCCUGAGCCGGCCCCAUGUGCAGGUGACCUCAGGCCGGGGAUGGAGACCCAGCUGCCAGCUCAGUAGGAGGCAGGCGCGGCCUGUCCUGGGGCGUGGAGCCCUCCCGGGUGUCACAGAGCUGUGAGCUGGGGAGGGGCCACAGGUCCCCAGCACCCCGCCCCUAUAGCAGCACUGGGACUCCAAGCAGCCCAGCGGCCGGCACGAGAACAGCACCUGCAGGGGCAGCAGGCGGCAGGAGGGGGCAGCUAUUACGGCAGCUACUGGGGCCGCAGCCGCAGCCUGCGGGGACUGGACUCUGACCAGCGUCACCAACUUGCCCUGGGGUGAAGCUGGCAGGGCUGGUCGUCUGUGUCUCGGGGGGUGGAUGUGUUGGGGAGCUGUUUGCCGUGGUCCCCGAAGGGCAGGUGACAGGUGGGCGGCGGGCGCGGCAGCAGCGUCCCCCACCUCCUGUGACCAAGGAGACGGGCUGCUGAGUUCGGCGGGUGACCACUGCCCCGGUGUGGGGUGAGCUGGGCAUCCGGGACGAGGGGACACUCGCCAUUGCUGACAGCCCCUUGCUGUGAUGUCCCCGUCACCCUGAGGUACUGGUCCCAUGGGGUCUCAGGGUGGCGUGGCGAGACCCUGUUCUGCUGUGCACUUUUCCCCCGUGGCCUCAGCUCUCUGAGCCUCAACACUCCUGGGGCCUCCGAGCAGAUUAACACUCGCUAACAUCCAUAACUCACUUCUCUUCUCGGGGGCGAUGGGGCAUUGCAAGGUGCAGCGGGGUGCGGGACUGUCCCCGUCACAGCACAGAGACAGCCCUGGCCCGGUGUCGCCAGCUCCACAAAGGGAGGAGGAAGGGGCGGUGUCCAGAUCGCCGAGCCCCCGCACGGCUCACAGGACACAGGAUUCUUGUGAGCACAGCCCUGAGGAUCAGGAGCCCCGGGUCCAGGCCUGAGCGGCCGGCCGCCUGUCUCUGUCGUGUGACAAUCAGGACAGGACGCACAGUCUGCACACGCUGGUCCCGGGCAGGUCCUUGGCCAGAGCCGCGACACUCCACUUCCCUCUGAGGCCACCUGCUCUGGACCUGAAGGAAGACUGCAGAGACUCUGUGUCUCCCGCCCGAGGAGACGAGCCCUGGCGCCCUUGACCUUGACCCAUGGCCUCAUCCCCUACCAGAGAUCACUGGCGGCUUCUCGCUGACCUGCGCUGUGGCACAGCUUUCCCAGGACCUGAACUAAGUGCCUAGCUGGUAGGCAGGCUGCCAGGGCCAGGGUGUGUAAGCUGGCUCUGCAGAAGCUCCAAGCUCCGGGGCAGGUCUGAGAGCUUUAGUACACGGCUUCCUCGCAGCCCAGAGAGGACAGAGAACUCUCUCUCCAGGUGCGGGGUGACCUGGAACCUAGGAGCCUGCCCCCAGGGGGCGGUGACACCCGCAGGGCCGAGAGGGCAAAGAGGAGCUGAGCACAGUGCGCAGUCUGGAAAGCAAUGUUCACCCACACGCCAGAAAUGAUGCUGGCACCUGGGUCCUGCUGCGGACAAGACGGGAAAGUGGACCACAGGGCGUCACUGGGGCAAUGGCGUGGCCAAGACACUCAGCAGGAGGCCAGCGGGCCUGGGGCAACACCAGUGACCUCUGACACAUCUGGGGACCCAGUGAUGGUGUCACGGUGCCCUGGGGGAAAGGCUGCCUUCCCUGGCAGCCAGCAAGGGUCUGGACCGACUUCGCAGUACAGGAGGUGCAGGUGAGCUUGGUUAACCCUAACUCCACUCCACGGCGGGCAGGGCGAGCCGGGGCUGCAGGCUUGGCAGACACUGGCAGUAACCAGUCAGCAAAGGUUGGCAGAGCAGCGGCACAGGCCAGAGGCCUCCCACGUCCUGGCCACGAUGACGGAGGUCCUGGUCCCUAAGGGUGGCCAGGCUCCAGGCCUGGGACCCUGCAGAGGAGCCCUCUGGACACCGCUGUGCUGUGCCCUGGAAGGGAGCCAGGGCAAGGAAGGAACCCCACAGUCCUUCUGGAAAUGGGGGCCAGAGCACCACGAGCCACCCUCCUGGGGGGCUCUGGGCAUUCUGACCCCACACUGCUGAGCAGCCCUGUGUCCGGGUCUGCACAGGGCCCUCCCCAACACGGCUGCCUCAGACCAGGCUGCAGGGCCACCACGGAACCCUGGGCCAGAUGAGUGCAGGGGGCCGGAGGGGCCUCGAACAGGGUCAGCUCAGCCAGCGGGCCUGGGGCUCGGCAGACGUGACUUCAGCACACACUGCGGUGGCCCCCAGGGCUCUCCCCAGCCCAGGCCCCUUCCCACAAAAGCAGCAUGUGCUCUGGCUGUCACGCCGCAUUUUGGGCUCCAGCGGGCUCUUCCCCAGGAGGCGAGGGAGAGGAGCCCAGGGACGGGGGCCACUGGGCCUAGCACCGCUGCCUGCAGUCAGCCGGCGAGGGCACUCUGGCUGCACCGGAAGGGAGCUGUCUGUGACCAGAGACCAGGUCGGCAGCCGUGGCCCCAAAAGGUCCCCCAAGGGAUUGUUAACACUGUAACAAUAAACACUACUGGUGACUGGGUGUGUCUGUCCUGU